UUGUUGGCUCUUUUUUCCGCCUGUAUAAAACGAGAAGUUCGCGUAAAAGAAAAUACAGAUGGAGAAGGCUAGCCGGCUCGCUGUGUCACAGAGAGUCCCCUUAAGCCUACGUGACAACUCACAUACUGUCCCUUUGUGACCAGCUUAAUCGGCAGAAUGCCCGGUCUCUGUGUGCUUUGUCUCGCCGCCGCGCUGGCUGCGUUCGUCCGGCUCGCCGGCACCGUGGGGCCGGUGGUCCGAUGCGAGCCGUGCGACGCCGGGGCGCUCCUGCUGUGCAAGCCGCUCCCGAAGGACUGCGCAGAGCGGGUGAGGGAGCCCGGCUGCGGCUGCUGCAUGACGUGCGCCCUCGGUGAGGGACAGGCGUGUGGAGUGUACACGGCGCGCUGCGGCUCCGGCUUGACCUGCCAGCACCAGCCGGGGGAGAGCCGACCGCUGCAAGCUCUGCUGGAGGGACGCGGAGUGUGCUCCAGAAAACUCAUUCGCAUUCACAUACCGCCGCAAAACCAAGAUACAAAUCAGGUAGAAGAGGGCUGUGCCAACGCGACGGCGACAGUGACGGUGUCGCCCGGCGUGGCAACCGUGAAGGGCGGGCACAGCCGUGGAUCUGUGGACACCAGGCCUUCUCUGCACAACAGACUGAUCCAGAAAGAUCAGAACAAGAAGACUCAAAGCUACUGGGUGGAACCAGUGUCAGGAGGAGCCAAUAUGGACAUUCACAACUUCUCCCUGGAGAACAAGAGGGAGACUGAGUAUGGGCCGUGUCGGCGGGAGAUGGAGAGCAUCCUGAGCAGUCUUAAAAUCAGCAACGUGCUCAACCCGAGAGGCUUCCGCAUACCCAACUGUGACAGAAAGGGCUUCUACAAGAAAAAACAGUGCCGUCCAUCCAAAGGCAGGAGGCGGGGCUACUGCUGGUGCGUGGACAAAUACGGGCAGCCUCUGCCCGGCUUCAACGCCAGGGAGCGGGGCGAGACGCAGUGCUACAACCUGGAAAGCAAAUGAGAGGACGGAGAGGGACGACGAGUGAACGGAGAGUGGACGGAGAGAGGAGGACAGAGAAUUAAGGGGGGAGGGAGGGGGGAGAAGGGAGGAAGACAAGAGAGAGAAGAGAAAGCGAGCCAACUUUGUUCUUGUAUGUAGUUUUAUGUAAACAUUUGAAGGGGGCUCUGGACCUUUUGAUUUCAGGUCUGAUUUCUGUCGGAGAGUUAGGGAGAGAAGGGGGAGGGGAGGGAGAAAGGGGGUGAAGCACAGCCUCUGCGAGCGGCUGAGCCUCCUGUCCAUCACAGCUAUCUGUCCCGUGCUUAGGGAACCUCUAUCCUUUCUUUUAAAAAAAAAAAAAAAAAAAAGAUAUUAAGCUGAAAGCUGAGAGAGAAGGGGAAGAAAGAGAGAAUCCUACCAUCUGCACUAUUCUUUUAGAGAGAGAAAGGAGGGAAUUUUCCACUCACUUUAAAGAGGACUUGUUUGUGACUGUGACCCGAAAAACCGCACCACCAACCAUUUCUAAUGUGUGUGUCUGUCUGUGAGUGUGUAACCGCGAGUCCGUGUGUGUGUGUGUGUGUGUGUGUGUCUUAAUGUGUGAGCACCUGCGUAACAUACGUGUGCACAGCUGCAUGUCCGUUCAAGAUGGCGCUCUCCCAAAAGUGUUUAUUUGUGUAAAUACUGUAUGUCACUAAGCUCAGUGUAGAAGACGUCAGGCUGCCCAUCCCCGGCCCCGGCUCCAUUAAACAAUGCAGAAAAGAAAAGAAAAACACUCUCUGGCUCAGGGUCCAUUUUGAAGUGAAGAAUUAUGGGAUGGCAGGGCUUUAACUUCUCAUCCAGUGUUCCUCUCCCUGCUGUUGGGAAGGGAACGGAGGUGAACCGUGCAGUUACAGUGCCUUAAAAAACAGACUUUUCCAUGCCUCCCCUUCACCCUCCGUAGUCCUCGAUUAAAGGAGUACGUCACUGAAAAAUCUACAUUUCGAGUGUCAACUACAUGUCUGAAACGUGUGGCUUACACUGUCGCUGAGGACAGCAGCUGUAGUUACUGGAGUUUGGAUUCACAACAGCUCCAGUAGAUCUGAAGGCUGCAAAAACAGCAUUAAAAGGUCUGAGCUGUGGGGCGGCGAGAGCGGGAAGUGGAGGUUGUGUGUUUAGCUGUAUUCUGGAGAGUGUUUGGAUCGUGCUGAGGGAAUCAAUCAACAGUGGAGGUGCAGAUUAAGGUGUCAAAUUGUUAGGUCCAAACCUCUGAAUUGCUGCCUACAUCCCUGAUAUAAGCAGCGGUUCAAACAGGUCUCAUGUAGAACCCGACUGAUACAGGAUUUUUGAGGCCAAUACCAAUUUUAGAGAUUACCGAUUACCAAUAUGGUGGCUGAUUUUGCACCGAUAAGACUAUUCAAAGGUACUCCGAAGGCUGCUUUCUCAAACAACUUUAUUAAGGAAUAUUUAAGUUAAAUUAACAUGUUAAAUAAUUUAAUAAUUCUUGUUAACCUUGCUGAGAGCUGCCUCUUUCUCUCUGACUGCUUGCCACAGUAUUGUAAAUGGCAGCGCACUCUGCUGGAUAAGCUUUGCAGGGACACCAAUAUAUUAACACAAACAUUUUUGUCUGCAUUAUAAAAAAAACAGUUUUCAUAUCGGAUGACCGAUCGAUACCGAUAUGUCUGCGAUAGGCCAAUAUCGGCCUAGUCUCAUGUUGUUCUGAUGGCUGUUUACCCGAUCAGAGACGUCAUGUUCUUGUGCAGUAGCCAGAAAAUAGCCACAAGUGUGGACACACAAGUGAGCUAUACACCUCCACAAAUUUACAAAAAAUAACAACUUUACUGUUACUCUUCCCAGCAUCUGCUUACACAGUGUCCAUGCAACUUGCUGCUAAUUGUUCUGUGCAGAAAACCCCCAAAUAACAGCUAACAUGAACACAUCAGGUUGAAUGACUAAGCAAACGUGAAACAGCAAUUCAGUCUGAAGAUCCCAAACAUGGCUAAAAACACAGCUUCCAUUCCCGCGAGCAGGGUUAGCUGUUGAGGUUUGCCGCUUUUUAGCCAACAUUUUGAUGCUUUUCUGUGACUCUGGGUUGUAAAGGGAAUCCACUGUAACAGCUGUGAAUCCAAGCUGCCAUCCUCAGUGAAAGAGCAAGUCAUGAGCCACUCUCCAAGCUGCCCCGAGGCGGGUAUUUAACACUCAAAAGACAGAUUUGUGGUGGUAUUAUUUUGAGGCGCUCACAUGCCGCCCUGCAGUCUUAGGGAUCAGUUAGUUAGACUAGUUUGUUCUCUGUCUCUUUCCCGCCACCUGCUGUUCCUGUCCACGUCCCUUUACCACAACUUGUCCGUCAUGCAGCUCCGGUGCUGAGGUCCAUCCACCCCGACCCCCUUCCCCCCUCCUGUCUAAAACUUUGUCCUUGUCUGUGUGCCUGAUCCCGUCUCCAACCCACUGACCCGAGUGUUACUCCCCACCCCAGCACCCUGCCCACCUCCGGUCCUCUUCCUGUCAGUGGUGCAACCUGGUGUAGGCUUGUUUGAACGGGGCGAGCCCGGUGUGACCGGCUGCCCCUAUGCUUCAAGCCCAAGCACAAGCACUUAAAGCACUUUAGCUGCGCCGCUACUCUUCAAUGCAUGCAGUUAAAGACAAUUGGACCUAUGUGCAUCUGCAUACCUUUCCUACGAGGUAAUGUCAGAUGAAACAGUGAGAUACUGUAAGAAAACAAUAAUAACCCAGGGAGGAGGAGAAAAAAGAAAGAGAGAGAGAGAAAAAAACGAAGCUACACCAGGACUUCUGACAGCGAACCUAGCGAACACCCCUCAGACAUUUUCCAUUCAAUGCAAAACUAUUUUCUUUUUGUUGUUGUUGUUUUUGUUUCUUUGAAAAAUGCUUUUAUGAUCGUAUGCCAACAAAUCUCCACAAGGUGGACACAGCACCAAAUAUGCAUUCACACAAGUGGUAGGGGGUCUGAGGGAGGAGGCAGGGUCCUCCCCGACGAGCUUCCUGCCCGAUGCUCUCCCACAUCCUGUGUAAAGACUUGAAAAGUGGAGAGAGUGCCGACAAAGAAUGCUUGCCCAGUAGCUUGGUAGCAUGAAAUCGGCUGUACACUUCCUUUAAUAGACAGCAGCAACUUACAACCAGCCUGUUGGUGCUAUAUCCCAUCUACUCAAAGACUUGAUGUAAAGGGGAGGAACAUACAUACAAAUAUGUUUAAGCUAUUCCCUCCCUAAUAUUUGUAAGUGUGUCUUUUUAUAUAUAUAUAUAUAUAUAUAUUAUUAUUAUUAUUAUUAUUAUUAUUAUUAUUUCCUGGCCAGCUACGUGUCUGACUAGACAUCAUGUACAGUACUUAAAAAUGAAAAUUAUUUAUCUAAGAAAGAAUUAUAAGCUGAUCCAAACUAGGUUUUCUCAUGAACAAUUCAGUGACUCACCGAUUGCACAGAAAAGUCUAUAUGAUUCAGUGUAUUUUGGGGAAUAUAAUCACUAAUGAAUGUUUUAUUUUUUAAUGAACUUUUCCUGCUGUUGCUCAGCAGUGUCAUUUGUAAGCUCCGUGCCCAGCGGGCGAGUUUAAGGCCUCGGGCGAAAUCUGUGUCAGUCAGUCACUCAGGUCUCUGGUCAUCUUAGUUCACUGCUUCUCGAAGCCAGUGAACCUCUCACCUCUCAGUCCGUCGCUUCUCUCCAUGCACACCCAGCCAUCCCGCCUCAGUCUGUUAGUGCAGAGCCAGGGUCACACCUCUGUAACGUCACUUUUUAUUUUGUAUUAUCAUUUUUUUCCCUGCUGGUCACGUUAAGAAUCUCUGUUCACGGGUAAAAAAUUAUUUUUGUUUUUCAUUCUAAGUUUAUCCUUUAAAGAGUUUUUCAGCUUUUCAUGAUACUAAACUAGAAAUCACACAGCUAUUAUUUUCUCUGAGAAAAGGAAAUGAUUUUGAUUCAAAGUAUAAUUUGUAUUUAAUGUCUUUUUUUAAAAUAAAAAGUGAACACAUUUUAA